AUGGCGGCAACGACUCCGAAGCGCAUCGCCCUCUUCAUGGACGGCACGUGGAACACGCCCGAGUCCGACACCAACGUCCACCGCCUCUAUGACGCGACGGCGACGUCUGCCGAUCAAAUCAAGCAGUACUUUCCCGGCGUGGGCACGUCAUGGGGGUCGUACUUGACGGGCGGCCUCCUAGCUGUUGGCAUGAAGGACAUCAUCUACAACGUGUACAAGUACCUCGCCAAGGUCUACGUCCCCGGCGACAAGGUGUAUCUUUUUGGGUUUAGCCGCGGUGCGUUUGAGGUGCGCGCCCUCGUUGGAUUCAUCGAUACGUGCGGUCUUGCGGCGCCCGAGAGUGCGGCCACGGUCGACAUACUAUGGGACCAGUACGAGCUUGUGCACAAGAACACGAGUGCCCGAUCGCUGGACCAGCUCCUCGCGCUGCCCGAAACGAAGCGCGGAGUGCUCACCAAGACGGAGGCAAUCAUGGUCAACCACUGCACGCCUAUUGCAAUCCACUUCGUCGGCAUCUUUGACGUUGUGGCCGCCGACCCGCGGAGCGACCGACACCGGUACGGGCAGAACCCGACCAAGGUCGGCCGCAUCGUCCACGCCAUGGCGAUUGACGAGCACCGCGAGUCGUUCCAGGUCAUGUACUGCGAGGAGCCGCCCAAGCGCUUUGCGGAGCACAUGAACUUGGACUCGAUCCGGCAAAUUACGAGCUCUGACGACAGCGAAGACGUCGCCUUGGAAGACGAAGAGGCCAUGCACUUUGUCGAGCAGCGCUGGUUUGCCGGUGUCCACAGCAACAUUGGCGGCGGCUUCUCGGCGACGGACGUGCUCUCGCUCAUUCCGCUGCGCUGGGUGCAGCAGUGCGCGAUCCAGCAAGGGCUUGCGUUCAAGAACGAGUUUACGCUCGAUGGCACCGAGCACCUCCGCGACAGCGAGCAAAUGGACAUUGACUGGAAGCAGCGCGUCAUGAUGCUAGGCCAUACGCACUUGCGCAAGAUCAACGAGGACACGUCAGUGAACGAGACCAUCGACAAGACUGUGUUUGAGCGCUACCAAAACAAAGCCAUGAAGUACGCGCCCGAGAACCUGAUGCGCUGGGCCUCGUCCCGUGGCCUUCAGCUCGACAAGAUCACACCCGCGAAUCUGUGGGCUGAGACGGGCAGUCCCGUGCAGCACCACUGCAAGGAAGACGAGUAGACACUCAAUACGACUUUAUACACUGUAUAUAAACACUGAUAUGCCCAC